GCUGGCUUUGCUCUCGGCCGCGCCAGUUGUAGCAGGGGCGGCUGUGGCGGCGCCGGGAGACGCCGGGGCGAAAGGGGUCGCAAGCCGAGAACGCCGGUCGCCUGGACGCGGUCAUUAGCUGGAGGCGUAAAGAAAAAUUCAUUUUGUGACUGAAGAAAAAUCCCAUUGAAUACAAUGGCCCUGAUGCUGCUCAAUCGGCACACAACAUGGGCACUGCAACAGAGUUCCAGGAUAUUUGCAGGAGGAUUCCGAGGAAUUAGCCAAGUGGCAGCUAAAAUAGACAUGGAAUUUGACUAUGAUGGACCACUGAUGAAGACCGAAGUCCCUGGGCCGAGAUCCAGGGAACUAAUGAAACAGUUGAAUGGGAUUCAGAAUGCAGAGGCAGUCCACUUUUUCUGCAACUACGAAGAAAGCCGAGGAAAUUAUCUUGUGGAUGCUGAUGGGAACCGGAUGUUGGAUCUCUACUCUCAGAUUUCAUCCAUCCCAAUUGGCUACAGCCACCCAUCUCUGAUCAAACUUUUACAACAGCCCCAGAAUCUGAGCACUUUUGUCAACAGACCUGCCCUAGGAAUUUUGCCUCCAGAAAAUUUUGCUGAAAAGCUAAAGGAAUCUUUGCUUUCGGUUGCUCCUAAAGGCCUCUCUCAAGUAGUAACCAUGUCCUGUGGAUCUUGCUCCAAUGAAAACGCUUUUAAAACUAUAUUUAUGUGGUACAGGGUGAGUAAAAGCUAUAUGGAUGCUCUGGGAGGGUGGUCUUUGCUCAAAGUGGGAUAUAGAGAAAAUAUUCAUUUCCUCUUUGCAUUUCAGCCCCCGGGUUGCCCGGAAUACAGCAUGCUUUCCUUUAUGGGUGCAUUUCACGGGAGAACCAUGGGCUGCUUGGCCACUACGCACUCCAAGGCCAUUCACAAGCUGGACAUCCCAUCCUUUGACUGGCCCAUCGCUCCCUUCCCAAGGCUGCAGUACCCUUUGGAAGACUUUGUGCGGGAGAACGAGCAGGAGGAAGCACGCUGCUUAGAGGAGGUGGAGGAUUUGAUUGUUAAAUACAGGAAAAAGAAUAAAGUUGUUGCAGGAAUCAUUGUGGAACCCAUUCAGUCCGAAGGGGGGGACAAUCACGCAUCGGAUGACUUUUUUAGGAAAUUGAGAAACAUCGCAAGAAAGCAUGGCUGCGGUUUCUUGCUAGACGAGGUACAAACGGGAGGUGGCUGUACUGGCAAAUUCUGGGCCCAUGAACACUGGGGGCUCGAAGAUCCAGCGGACGUCCUGACUUUCAGCAAGAAGAUGAUGACCGGAGGAUUUUUCCACAAGGAGGAAUUCCGGGCAAAUGCACCAUAUAGGAUUUUUAACACGUGGCUUGGAGAGCCUUCCAAGAAUCUUCUGCUAGCAGAGGUCAUCAGUGUCAUAAAAAGGGAAGACCUUCUAAGCAACGUCACCCAUGCCGGGAAGGUCCUGUUGAUGGGGCUGCUGGAAUUACAGAGUCGCUAUCCCCAUCUGAUCAGCCGAGCCCGGGGACGAGGGACGUUCUGCUCUUUUGACACUCCAAAUGACGCAACCAGGAACAAGCUCAUUGAAAUAGCUAGAAACAAAGGUGUGGUAUUAGGCGGCAGUGGGGACCGAUCGAUCCGUUUCCGACCCACUCUGGUCUUCCGAGACCACCACGCACAUCUUUUCCUGAACAUCUUCAGUGAUAUUCUGGCAGCUUUCAAGUAGUCAGGAUCCCAUCUUGCACCAAGAGGCCAAAUAUCUUCUCAGAAUUGGAGAAUAGUUUAUUUAAGAUCAUAAAUAUAUAUGUAUAUACAUAUAAUAUAUAUUUUCACUAAUAGGAAAGAUGGAAUUCAUAAAGUGCUUUUUAAAAAAAAAUAUUGGUUUGAUCAUGCUCACCUCCAACACAAACUGCUUCUGGCUAAAAAAGAAAAAAAAAUGUGGACACGCUUUUGAUUUCUUCAGCCGUCUCCUUUGGCCUAGCAAAGGCUAAGAGUGAUCGGUUUCAAGUUUCAAAUCUUGGCCUGGAAUUUGAGUCCCUGGGUAUGUUUUCUUGCAACUGGUUUGUAAACACUCGAGUCUGAAAAAAUGCACUUCUACUGCCACGGAUCCAUAGCACUGUUGAACAGAGAAUGAUGGUGGACUUCCAAGGAGAAAGCAGCUGUUGGAUACACCCAUGUCCAUCUCCGGAGUCCCAAUGCAAAGUGUGGUCUCUUCUGAAGCACACAUGGAAACUCAAAAGGCAAAAUCCCUCCACGUCUUCACAUGUCUGCUAACACCAGACUGUUAUUUGCACCGCCUCUGAGGGUCUACGGGCCUCUUCCAAAAGGUGGUUAUGGAUCUUGGAAGACUCACAGCGUCUGUUCCAAGCCUUGAUCCUCAUCUCUUUUAACAGGAGUUCCUUGUGUGGAUUUGGGACUUUGUAGGUGCCAACUUCCUUCCCUGCUUCGGUGCUUGUAAACCUAUUUCUGCCAUUGCUUUUAUUUUACAUUUUUUUGGGGCCAUUUUCACUAGGAGACAUGCCGAUGGAACUUCCUUUGGCGACCAAACAGUUUUUUUUUAAACAAAUCCAGGUAUUUGGAAGGACUCUGGCAGAAAGAGGGUAGAAUUUUUGCAAUGGGGGGGGGUGUCAAAUGGAGUCAGCAAAAUUAGUAAACCCAUCAUCUUCUAUAGCUGUGGUGCACUGUCCAGGGCUUCGUAAUGGCACCCAGCCCUCCCCAUCCGUGACUGCAGCCUCCAGAACCCCCCAAAAGCUGUUGUCUUACUGCAUUUUUUUUAAUACAGCAAGAAGGAAAUGUGCGUUUGGGGAAUGAUUGUAUGAAUUCUAAUGUAAUUUUAAUUCAUUUUGGCUUAGCUUGUGUUCUAACUUUGUCCUUUGUUUGAAGUGGUCUUCCUGACCAGUGAUUUCCACCUAUGUGGAGCUUUUGGAGGAAUAAUCCCAAAUCAGAUUGCAAAAGGAGAGCAUUUAUAGCCUUGGCUAUAAAUGAUUUAGCCCCAAUGUUUGGUAUUGCUCCCAUUCAUCCAUGGAGGUCAAUGUUAUCCUUCUCAGUUUAUGAGGAAGACGUUUACGAGAGUGGACUCGGAAGUCUUUCCAACAGGAAAGCUGCCUCUUGAAGGGAUUGGAAAUGAAGCAGAUUGUAUGUAAGAGCCCUGGUGGCGCAGUGGUUGAAAUGCAGUACUGCAGGCUACUUCUGCUGCCUGCCAGCUGCCUGCAAUC